CCAGCGUUCCCCUUCAAGACCAAACAUGCGUGGGCUUUUUGCUGGACUAAAGGCUGGCCGGGUUUUUGUUCCCGGGUCAGGUAUUCAACAAAGAGCAACUUACAUCCAUGGCAAACCGCCCAAAGAUAAAAUAGGCGCUGUCACCAUUACAAAACCCGUGACUGAUGGACGACGUCCCGGGAGCAGCCGUUACACCUGUGCUUGCCGUUAAAAGAGCAUAAUUUCAGAUGUUUCAAUGUUGCUGACAUAAUAAAUUUGAAGUUUCACAGUUGUAGUUUGUCUCUCUCUCUCUCUCUCUCUCCUUUUUUUUUUUUUAAAUAUAUUAAACUAACAAAGUGAUGCACUUCGCCAUUUGGACCACUAGUUGGCACAUAAGCAACUGUUGGCGGAAGUAAAACCUCUCACUUUGCUUAUAAACGAGCUCCAUCAGUACAAGGGAUCCAUUAUUGAGAAAUCCCGUGCUCAUCAGGGGUUUAAAUAUUAGGUCACUACACAGCGUUAGUGCGUCUUUAAACGCACCAUGAAGCCGCAGCUGUUUGGGACCAAAGAGCGACCGUGCGUAACACACAAAACCAGCGCGGACGCUGCGCUGUCCUUUCAAGAGGAGCUUGUUGCUGCCAUACACGGAGCAUUUGAAGUGGCCGUGGAGAUCGCGGUUCGCGAGGUGAAAAAGCUUGUGGCAGGGCAGGUGACGAGCGACAUCUAUGAAGAGAUGCGACGAGAAAACGAGUCCCUCAAACAAAGGCUGCAGAGAGCCGAAGCUAAGAUGGACUCUGCGCGCAGAGAGGAGGAGAACUGUGGAAGCCCUCUUACUACAAAUCAGCGCUUCGAUGCCAUAAAGUACACCGAUCAACCGCCACACCCCAACUGCAGUCAAAUAAGGACAAGUGCUGUGGGCAGCGUGCUCAGCUGCACAGAGGUCAGAGGUGACACGACCCCUGCGGGUCACAGCGGAGCGCAUCAGGCUCGUGACAGCCAGGAUCAACAUUUGAGAAGACCCGACGAGCGCAGAUUACGCGAGGAAGAGAGAACAAAUGACGCAGCUUCAGAUCCAGAAAAUGAGCCGAACGAUGGAUGCACCAGAGAGGUAACUGAAGAGAUUUCUCAUGUUUGUAUGGUGAAGAUUGAACGUAUGAACCCAGUAUGUCCAAACCAAGGAGCUCAAGAUGGCAUCUCACCACCACUUUCCAGCAUUCUAGGCAAAUCCAUUCAAGAGCCGGUUACUCAGGUUACUGUAAAGCAGGAGAAGCCAGAAGAGGAAACACAUGGUUCCUCUUGCUGUUUGGAUUCCUUUAAAGUGGAGGAUUUUAGCCUGGAGUGUAUAUCUGGAGUCCAGUCCAAAAUGUUGGAGGAGUGGAAACCAGAAGUGCCGAAUAUUCAGAGCCAAGAUUCAAACUCUCAGCUGUCCAGUGCUGGGCUCGAUCAGGCAGCUCAUCCUCCAAACCCAGCCUCCACCCUUCAACCAUCCACAGAUCUUCCAUCCCUCCCUGCAGAGUUCUCCAGUAUCUUCCAGCUCCCCGAAUCAGCUCCUGUGUCAGAGGCCGCUCCACAGGUUUACCCAGUCCAUGUUCGAACCAGUCAUAAACUCAACCACCCCAUAGCUACCCUCUAUGCCUGUAAGUCCUGUGGUCAGACUUUCCAUCUGCCAAGCUUGUUGCGCCGGCACACUGGCCAGUGCCAGCUAAGGUUCCAGCAACGCUGUCAGCAACCUGUAGCAGGAAGCAAGAGGACCAGAUUGCAGCUUUACCCACCGGGUUGCAGCCCCUUCCGCUGCACAGUGUGCAACCGAGAGUUCAAUCGCAUGGAGAAUCUCAAGACCCACCUUCGCAUCCAUACAGGAGAGAGGCCAUAUACCUGCUCAGUCUGCUCAAAGUGUUUCCGUCAUUCUGGUGCUUUAACCAGGCACUUCCGUAUCCACACUGGAGAGAAGCCUUACAUCUGUGGACAGUGUGGAAAGUCUUUUAGAAACUGUGGUGGGCUCAAAUUCCACCAGCGCUCUCAUAGCAAGCAGCUACAGUAGUGUGGUUGUUGAGAUUGAAAUUUUGUUAUGCAAUAUGCAUAAAAGUUGAUUAUAUGCAAGGCUCAAUAUGUUUAAAUUUUAUUUUUGUGUUAGCAGCCACCUAUCAGUCCUGCCUCAGAGGAGUCAAGUGUAAAAACAAGCAACAUUCACUAAUACAGGAUGCAAAUAUUUACGUUUCUGAGGUGCGUCAUGCUCAGUGGCCAUAAUCAGUCAUUUAUAACCUCCUUACUGUAUAUUGAUAUAACCUGAAAUGACUCACCAGUAUGAGGUCUCUUAUCUGUCCCAUGCACUUUUUUUUAGACCAGGUCUUCCCUUUGAGACUGUGUUGUUUCAAAAGAAAUCUUACAAAGCAGUAUCUCAAGUUAUAGAUACUGCAACGAGCA